AUGAACGAAAAUGAAAAUCAACAAAAAGAAUAUUUAAAAUUGAAAGAAACAAUUAAAGAAGAAGAAAAUUCAAAAGAAAUCUUAAAAGAAGAAGAAAUAAUAAUAACAAAUAGUGAAAAUACAGAAAUAAAUUUAUUAGAAAAAGAAGAAAAAAAUAAUAAAAGAAUUAAAGAAAUAGAAAAAAUUAAAAAAAAACUUAAUUAUAAUGAUUUAGAUGAUAUUAUGAAAACAUUAAGAAAAAAAGAAAGAGAAAGUCAAAAUAAAAAUAUGUUUAUUCCUUAUAUUCAAAAUAAAGAUUUUGCAGGAAUUUUAUUAAUGGAUGAAGCAUCAGAUCCAAGAUAUUUAUAUUCAAAUUCAUCAGGAGUAGAUAUUUGGAGAAGAAAAGUUAAUGGAAGUACAUGGAAUGGAGUAGCAAGAACUAUUAUUCCUAAUAUUUCACCUAAAAAAAUGAGUGAAUUAUAUUGGGAUUAUACAAAAAGAAAAAAAUGGGAUAAUUUUUAUACAGUAAUUGAAGAUCUUGAGAUUUUAGAAAAUGGAAAUAGAGUAAGUAGAACAGCAACAUGGACACCUAAAAUGUUUAAACAAAGAGAUUAUAUACAUGUUAGAGAAGUAAUUGAAACAGAAAAUUGUUGUAUUGGAGUUUAUCUUCCAGCAGAACAUAAAAAAGCACCAAUAGGAUUAAAAGGAUUUAUUAGAGGAUAUGUUAAUUUUAGUGGAUUUGUAUUUAGAAAACAAGGAAAAGAUUGUUUAUGUACAUUAAUGACUCAAACAGAUAUUUCAGUACCAUUACCAGAUUUUAUAAUUAAUAAAUUUGUUGCACUUGCAGUUAGAUUAUAUGUAAAAUUAAUGAAAAAAGCAGGAUUAGAAUAUGGAAAAGAAGAAACUUAA